GCCCGCAGCCGCGGCCUGCGCCCGGCCCGGUACCCGCGGGCGGCAGGGUACGUGAAAUGGCAGCAGAUGACAAGCGGUCUCCAACACUGGAUUCUACCAGUGAUCUACCUCGUUCUCCUAGCAGCCCAUCUCAUCUCACUCACUUCAAACCCCUGACUCCUGACCAGGAUGAGCCUCCUUUUAAAUCAGCCUACAGCUCUUUUGUAAAUCUCUUCCGUUUCAGCAAGGAUGAUGGCAGGCUUUCAUCCCCAGCGGAGAGAGCAGAAGCAGCACAGGCUGAUUCACAGGCACUGAGCAGCAGCUGGUCCAGUCCUCAGCAUCCCCCCAGGGCUCAGUCUCUGAGGUCACCAGUUACGUACAAAAAACAACUAACUGGUGAGCUGCAAAGACGAUCUUCCUCAACCCUAGACAAUCGAAGGAAAGUGGAACCUCCUCUGGGAGGUCAUGAUCCUCGAACAGCAGUUCAGUUAAGAAGCCUCAGCACUGUCUUAAAACGCCUCAAAGAAAUCAUGGAAGGGAAGAGCCAGGACAGCGACUUGAAGCAGUACUGGAUGCCUGACAGCCAGUGCAAAGAGUGCUAUGACUGUAGUGAGAAAUUCACCACCUUCCGUCGGAGGCACCACUGUCGGCUUUGUGGGCAGAUCUUCUGUAGUAGAUGCUGCAAUCAAGAAAUCCCUGGGAAAUUCAUGGGCUACACAGGGGAUCUCCGAGCCUGUACUUACUGCCGCAAAAUAGCCUUAAGCUAUGCACACUCCACAGAUAGCAAUUCCAUUGGAGAAGAUUUAAAUGCUCUGUCAGAUUCUGCGUGUUCAGUGUCAGUGUUGGAUCCUGGUGAGCCUCGCACUCCAGUUGGGAGCCGUAAAGCUAGCCGCAACAUCUUUCUGGAGGAGGAUCUAACCUGGCAAAGUUUGAUUCACCCCGACUCUUCAACUACAACGCUGUCUGCACGCCUUGGGUCUGUCCAGGAGGAUGCAGGGAAGUCUCCAGCUAGGAAUAGAUCAGCCAGCAUCACUAACCUGUCGCUGGAUCGGUCGGGUUCGCCGAUGGUGCCUUCCUAUGAGACAUCCGUCAGCCCCCAGGCCAGUCGCACACAUAUGAAGGCAGAGACCAGCGAGGAUGAGCGUAAAAUCCUUCUGGACUCAGUCCAGCUGAAAGAUCUGUGGAAGAAAAUCUGCCAUCACAAUAGUGGGAUGGAGUUCCAAGACCAUCGCUACUGGCUGCGGACACAUCCCAACUGCAUUGUGGGAAAAGAGCUGGUAAACUGGCUCAUCAGAAAUGGACACAUAACCACAAGGGUUCAAGCCAUUGCUAUUGGGCAAGCACUAGUUGAUGGACGCUGGCUAGAUUGUGUCAGUCAUCAUGAUCAGCUCUUCAGAGAUGAGUAUGCCCUGUACCGACCAUUGCAGAGCACAGAGUUUUCAGAAACCCCCUCUCCAGACAGUGAUUCUGUGAACUCUGUAGAGGGGCACUCAGAGCCAUCCUGGUUCAAAGACAUCAAAUUUGAUGACAGUGACACAGAGCAGAUUGCUGAUGAAGGAGAAGAUAACUUGGCCAACUCUGCCAGCCCUAGCAAGCGCACUUCAGUCAGCAGCUUCCAGUCCACAAUGGACAGUGAUUCAGCCGCCUCCAUCAGCCUGAACGUGGAGAUGGACAACGUGAACUUCCAUAUCAAGAAGCACUCCAAGUACCCACAUGUGCCCCCUCACCCUGCCGACCAAAAAGAGUACUUGAAUCCUGACAACGGAGGGCAGCAGAUGUUCUCUAUAAGUGAUGCUUUCAUUAAAGAAUCAUUAUUCAACAGGAGGGUGGAGGAGAAGUCCAAAGAACUCUUUUUCACACCGCUAGGCUGGCACCACAGCAACCUGGAUCUGCUGAGAGAAGAGAAUGGGGAGAAACAAGCCAUGGAAAGGCUGCUCUCUGCUAACCACAACCACAUGAUGGCGCUGCUUCAGCAACUUCUGUACAAUGAGUCGCUGUCACUGUCAUGGAGGGAUAUCAUUGUACCUGUGGUCUGUCAGGUAGUUCAAACUGUAAGACCUGAUGUCAAGAACAGAGAUGAUGACAUGGAUAUCCGCCAGUUUGUCCACAUCAAAAAAAUCCCUGGUGGAAAGAAGUUUGACUCCAUGGUGGUGAAUGGAUUUGUAUGCACUAAGAAUGUUGCACAUAAGAAGAUGAACUCUUGCAUAAAAAAUCCCAAAAUUCUUCUGCUGAAGUGCUCAAUAGAGUACCUUUAUAGAGAAGAAACAAAAUUUACCUGCAUAGACCCUAUAGUACUUCAGGAGAGGGAGUUCCUGAAGAACUAUGUGCAACGGAUAGUUGAUGUCAGGCCUAAUUUGGUCCUUGUUGAAAAGACUGUGUCUCGAAUCGCCCAGGACAUGCUGCUAGAGCAUGGUAUCACCUUAGUCAUCAAUGUCAAGCCGCAAGUUUUAGACCGUGUAAGUCGAAUGACUCAGGGAGACUUGGUGAUGUCAAUGGAUCAACUGCUGACCAAACCACGUUUGGGAACCUGUCAUAAAUUUUACAUGCAGGUGUUUCAAUUGCCCUAUGAUCAAACAAAAACUCUAAUGUUCUUUGAAGGGUGUCCUCAGCACCUGGGUUGCACUAUCAAGUUGUGUGGUGCUGCAGAGUAUGAACUGGCCCGUGUGAAGGAGAUCUUGAUCUUUAUGAUCUGUGUGGCUUAUCAUUCCCAGCUGGAAAUCUCUUUCCUUAUGGAUGAAUUUGCCAUGCCCCCUACUCUCACCAAAAACACUUCCUUUCACUCCCUUAUCGAGGAACCAGGAGAUGAAAAUGAACAACAGGACCUGUUCAAUGGUGAGGAUUUCAGCACGACGAUCAGAGACAUUGAACCCUCAGCUGAAAAGCUUCCUGUGAUCUCUGAAUCAGUGUCAUCUGAUGAGGUCACCCUGCUUGAACAAAGAGGUUUAUUUGAGAGAGGUGACCAAGAAAACAGUCAGCUGGAAUCAGUGCCCUCAAAACAGCAAGAGUACCACAAAAUGGAGUCGUCGUUUCCAGUGUUUCACUCUGUACCUCCGGUAGUGCCUGAAACAUCUCUGCUCCCCCUCCAUGGCAUGGACCAACACUUGGUGACUCUGGACAGCCAGCCACUAGAGCCUGUUCAACAGGCAGAUGAUCUGCAGGAAUCCAAGAAUCAGAUGAGAGUCUUCAGAGACCCUCUCCAGGAUGAUACUGGUUUAUAUGUUACGGAAGAGGUAACGUCUUCUGAGGAUCGUCUCAAGACGUACUCCACAGCAUUUAAGCAAGAGCUGAAAGAUGUUAUUCUCUCAAUUUCUCCUGUAAUGGUGUUCCGUGAACCAUUUCUAUUGACUGAAAAAGGCAUGAGAUGCCCUGCUCGAGAAUACUUCCCUGAGCAGGUUUAUUGGUCUCCUCUCCUUAACAAGGAGUACAAGGAGUUGGAGAGUAGAAGGAAGAGACAGUUAUUGCGGGAUCUCUCUGGACUACAAGGGAUGAAUGGGAGUGUCCAAGCCAAGGCUAUCCAAAUUUUACCUUCCCAUGAGCUGGUCAGUACUAGAAUAGCAGAGCAUCUAGGUGAUAGCCAGAGUUUAGCCAGAAUGCUGGCUGACUAUCGAGCCAGGGGAGGGAGGAUACUACAGAGAAGCACAGAUCCCUUUGCCCAAAUGAAGGAUGUAUCCAGUGUCCCUGCUGGAAGAACCGGAUGCAAAAUUGAAGAGGAUGAGAAAGGACUGGCUCAAAAUGAAUCCUCCUGGUCUCAUAAGGUGGAUUGCUUGAGUCCAGUAAACCAUCAGAGGCUCUGUGUUCUCUUCAGUAGCUCUUCUGCGCAGUCCAGCAAUGCUCCAAGUGCCUGUGUCAGCCCCUGGAUUGUGACCAUGGAAUUCUACGGAAAAAAUGACCUGACUCUAGGGAUUUUUCUGGAGCGCUACUGUUUUAGGCCUUCAUACCAGUGCCCCAGCAUGUUCUGUGAAACGCCAAUGGUGCAUCACAUUCGUCGCUUUGUGCAUGGGCAAGGAUGCGUGCAAAUUGUGUUAAAGGAGCUGGACUCCCCAGUCCCUGGGUACCAGCACACAAUUCUUACUUAUUCCUGGUGUAGGCUGUGCAAACAGGUGACACCAGUUGUUCCUCUUUCUAGUGAUUCUUGGUCUAUGUCUUUUGCAAAAUACCUUGAGCUGAGAUUCUAUGGGCACCAGUACACACGAAGGGCCAAUGCAGAGCCUUGUGGUCAUUCCAUUCACCAUGACUAUCACCAGUAUUUUUCUUACAAUCAGAUGGUGGCAUCUUUCAGCUACUCUCCAAUCCGUCUACUUGAAGUAUGUGUCCCACUACCCAAGAUCUAUAUCAAACGGCAGGCUCCGCUGAAAGUUACGAUUUUGCAGGACCUUAAGGACUUCUCUCAAAAGGUGUCACAAGUGUACCUUGCUGUUGAUGAUCGCCUUGCUUCUCUGAAAACUGACACUUUCAGCAAAACAAGGGAAGAGAAAAUGGAAGAUCUGUUUGCACAAAAGGAGAUGGAAGAGGGGGAAUUUCGAAACUGGACUGAGAAGAUUCAGGCAAGGCUCCUUUCAUCAUCACUGGACACACCUCAACAGCUUCAAUCUAUUUUUGAGUCUCUGAUUGCUAAAAAGCAAGGACUCUGUGAAAUGCUGCAAGCCUGGAAUAGUAGGUUGCAGGAUCUUUUCCAGCAAGAGAAAGGGAGAAAACGCCCCUCAGUACCACCUAGCCCUGGAAGACUGAGACAAGGUGAAGAAAGCAAGAUCAGCAGCAUGGAUGCUUCCCCACGCAAUGUUUCUCCAGCACUCCAAAAUGGAGAAAAAGAGGAUCGUUUCCUGACUACUUUAUCAAGUCAGAGCUCCACAGGCUCCACCCAUCUUCAGUUGCCCACUCCUCCAGAGGUUGUGUCUGAACAACUAACUGGUGCCAACACACUUUCUGAACAGGAUACAACCAGUAGCUCAGAAGAUGUGUUUGAUGGACACUCCCUGGGAUCUACUGACAGCCAAGUGAAAGAGAAGUCUACUAUGAAAGCUAUUUUGGCUAACUUACUGCCUGGGAACAAUUACAACCCUAUUCCAUUUCCCUUACCUCUCCCAAGGGUUGGACUCAAAUGGGCAUUGUCUGGGUGUAGGUCAGGUUCAGUGGCUGCUGCAUGUGCCCUCAAGUCCCUCUCACGUGAAAAUGAGCAGGCUGGAAAGUUUUUUCAGCUACUCUGUCUUGACCCAGAUAAGCACUACCUAAUGUACGAGCAUGAACGCAUACCUAUUGCAGUCUGCGAGAAAGAACCAAGCUCCAUCAUAGCUUUUGCUCUCAGUUGCAAGGAAUAUAGAAAUGCCCUUGAUGAGUUGUCCAAAGCAUCUCCAAAAAACGGUACUGAAGAAGGACUACAGGCAAACAGUACAUCAGAUGGCAAACCAAAGAGUGGUAGUCCUGUGCGCCUGCCUGAGGCUAAUAUGGGUCCUUCAAAUCGUGCUGCUGAAGUGGAACAAUCAAAGAAACCAUCUAGUGUUUUGUCUUUCUUCCGUGGCACGGGAGGGAAGAGCCCAGACCUGUCUUCCCAGAAGAAGGAGACGUUACGUGGCGCUGAUAGUGCCUAUUACCAGGUUGGACAGAUGGGUAAAGAGGGAGCGGAGAACCAAGGAGCAGAGCCACAAGAUGAGGUGGAUGGAGGAGAUGGACAGAAGAAACAGCUGGUGAAUCCCCAUGUGGAACUCCAGUUCUCAGAUGCGAAUGCCAAGUUCUACUGCAGGAUUUAUUAUGCUGGCGAGUUUCACAAGAUGCGUGAAGUGAUACUGGGGAGCAGUGAAGAGGACUUCAUCCGCUCCCUCUCUCACUCGAUGCCCUGGCAGGCACGAGGUGGCAAAUCUGGGGCUGCAUUCUAUGUGACUGAAGAUGAUAGAUUCAUCUUGAAGCAGAUGCCUCGCCUGGAAGUCCAGUCAUUCCUUGACUUUGCUCCACACUACUUCACUUACAUCACUAAUGCAGUUCAGCAGAAGAAGCCCACAGCACUGGCCAAAAUCCUUGGGGUGUAUCGAAUUGGAUAUAAGAACUCUCAAAACAACACUGAAAAGAAACUGGAUCUGCUUGUCAUGGAAAACCUUUUCUAUGGAAGGAAAAUGGCUCAGGUUUUUGACUUAAAGGGCUCCCUCCGGAAUAGAAAUGUUAAAACAGACACAGGGAAAGAAAGCUGUGAUGUCGUCCUAUUGGAUGAGAACCUUCUGAAGAUGGUCCGUGACAACCCUUUGUACAUCCGUUCCCACUGCAAGGCUGUGCUGAGAGCUUCUAUACACAGUGAUUCCCAGUUCCUCUCCAGCCACCUCAUCAUAGACUAUUCCCUGCUGGUGGGUCGUGACGAUACAAACAAUGAGCUGGUUGUGGGGAUUAUUGACUAUAUUCGCACUUUUACCUGGGACAAAAAACUUGAAAUGGUGGUGAAGUCAACUGGCAUCUUGGGGGGACAAGGUAAGAUGCCAACUGUGGUCUCCCCGGAACUGUACCGGACCAGGUUUUGUGAAGCUAUGGACAAGUAUUUCCUGAUGGUGCCAGACCAUUGGACAGGGCUUGGCCUGAAUUGCUAAACUAAAGCCCAUAUUGGCAAAGCACAGGUGGACAAUGGUGUGUUACAGGUCACUCUCUUUCUGUGGUCUGCCCAGCAGUAAGCAAGAGGAUUCCACACCUGCACUGACCACACGCGUCAUGUUGUAAGGUGUGAAAUUUGCUUGUUGCACUUUAAUCCUUUCUUGAAGGAUGAUGAGUGGGCCAGUCUCAUAGAGGAUUUAAGCUGUACGGUACCGCUGAAGAGCACUGAUGAGAGACUUUCCCUCUGUCGGUAGGGAAGGUGGUGAUAUCUCCAUGUAUGAGCAUUGAAACCAACGCUGUCUCUUUCAUGGUGGUACAGAAGUACAUGAUCUCUAUAAGUCUUGCACUCCUUAAUUGGUGUUGAGUAUGAGUAGCUCAUGUUUCUGUAGUGGAUGUGUGGUAUUGCAAAUGUGAAAUAAGCACUCCUGCCCCAUGCGGAUGAGUGAAGGAAGAAUCAAGUUAAUUCUGAAGUUAUGCCGUGGUUGCAGUGAUCUGUAGUUGACCUGUUUAGGACCCAAGAAUAACUUAUGCGUGUGCUUCUUUUCUUUUUUUAAAGGCAGCUCCACAGCUCGGAUGCCAUAACUCUCUAAAUCACUACAACUUGUAAGUUACAAUACUGCAGUACACAUCUGUCUCUGUUGUAAUUUGAUUUUUAGCAGAAUCCCAUACAAAUGAUCAGCAUAUUGCAAACCUCUAUGUAUCCCUUCAAUCCUAAAUAAGAAUUUGAUUUAAAUGUCGCCCAACUCUUUGGAAACAGGUAACUAAAACUGUACCCUUUUAUGUAAGAGCUCAGUUAUAGUUAUGAAGCUGGUAAACUGUUCCCUUAGCAGAAGGCACCAAAUUGAUGAAAUGCAUGCUACCUUACAUCGACAACUUUCUCCUUAAUGAAACCAUUGUUCCUGGCAGAUCACUUCAAAUCCAUUUCAGUUUCCAAAGCCUUUCAAACAAUGAAACAAUGCGUUUACCUCAUGAUGGAAUUUUGCCAGGCUAAUGCUUUUCUUGUAUUUGUGAUGUGUUGUUGAGAAUAAGCAUCCCAAUCUCAUUUAACUGUGCCAUUCCUAUGUAAAGCUUCUCUUCAGCAGUAUUAGACUUUUUUUUGCACCACUGAGAUGAUGAAUGUAGUCUUCUGUAAAAUGAAAAACCUGAACGAACAGUGUUUUCUAUGUAUGGUGGUUCAGAUAUGCAGAGACCUGAGAAUCUCUGCAUUAUGACAGUAAGCACUUCUUUCCGUUUUUAUUAUUUUUUUUACCUCUUUUUGUAGGUGGCAAACUUACUUUUUAGCUUCAGAAUAAUAUAGGCCAGUAAAUAAGAAUUUAUUUUUUUAUGUGAGUUUGAGAGGCAAGAAUAGUGUCCUUGGACUUCCACUCUCUGGUGGAAGGACUGACUUCAAACAUGGAGUCUGGGACAGUGUAGCUCUUUAUGAAUUACUCAUUCUGACCAAUUAGUUGCCUGCUAAUGCCAUCUUCACUGUAACUGUGAGUCAAAACAUGCAUUUUAUUCACUCUUCCUCCUAUGUUCGGUAUUUACUUCUGCAGCAGAUGGUGGCGGUUCUGUUCAGGAGUGACAUCUGGGCAGCACUGAAAGAAAAUGACUGAGAACUGAGCUGUUGGAUCUGAAAGCAACUAGUACAGCUCAGAUCUGAGCUGCUAGGAGGCAACAGUCAGUUAUAUUGGAAGUCUUUCCCCUUCCCUGAACUGCAUUGCAAAGCAUUUCUAAACAAUGAGCAAAGGUGCUGACCUUGAAGCAGCAGAAACGAAAGUAUUCUCACUUCUCAUCCCAUCAGUUUCUGGGGAUGUAGUGGGGAAAGCUGCAGUGAUGUGUGCCGUGGAAAGAUGACACAGUAGUGCUUGAUUUCUCCAGCACAGAAUCUCUCUAGUUCAAUACAGUGCUCUGAGUGAAGAUUACCUCUGGAAUACAUCUGUCUCUUUUGUUGAUAUGCACUCCUGAGCUGGUUAGUUUUUUGUUGUAGGCCCUUGUGUGUAAUGAGGAAUCAACCUAUCCAUCAGCUCAAUUCUAAUCAUUUCUGUGGCUUUGAAUGUUUGUCUGUUGAUGUGGAAGGAAGAGUGUGAUAUGUAGCCUGAAUCUUUUCUGGUCUCCAUUACAGUUUACGUGUGUUCUUUUUUCUUCCCCUUCUAAAAUUUACAGGGAAAAAUUUGUCUUGUCUGAAAUCUAAGGUGACCCAACCUUAGUCAGUAUGUGCAGUGGCUGGUGGACCAUGAGUUUGGGCAGCGUCAUGACAUCUGCACUAAGCUGAUGUAGAGCUGGGAUGUGCUAGCUCUGUUUUGUCACCAAUAACCCUUACUCAAGUGCUAUGUAGAUGUUCUGUACUGCUUGUCUUCCAGAGUCUCAAGCAGCUGGCUGUAAAAACAACCUGGUCAUCUAAUAGUGGCUACUGUUCUCCGCUACGUGAUUGAAUGAGGCCAUUGGCAGUGUAUGGAAUGAGAGAACCUUCCAUUCUGGCCAGCUGUUUUGUAGCCUGUGAAUGCAGAACCUGGAUGUGUGAAUUGCAGCCUUUUGGGAUAGCAGUCAUAGCAGUUGGAGGGGCUUGUAAGAAUGAUCUUGGUCUGGAAUCAGUGGCUAGACUUUGGAUCUAGUCAUAGGUAAAAUAGUAGUGUUAACUGGAAUUGGGACAUCUUUGGGUGUCACUUAACCUGAAGUGAUAAGCGUUUCUAGUUCAAAUCCCAGAAGCUGGACAGAUCUCCCAAGAUGUUCUCUUUUCAGAAUAAGAGUUGUCCUUGCAUUUCACUUGCUAUGAAGCUGGAUUUCAAAGAAGAACAGUAGUUUUUGCAGAAGAUAUCUUUGAGACACCUCUUUGUUAGACCUGUGAACUUGCAGCAUAUGCAAGGAUGUCCUAAAGGAACAGUCUGAGUGUUAAAUAAGCCCUUUGAUUAGAGUAUUUCAUUUCUUGUUUCUUGUUAACACAGGUUUAGUAUGUGUGUGUAAACAAAAUCCAGUUGUAAAUGCAAAGACUUCUGCAACCUUUCUGAGUUAGGCUGGCUCUUGUGUUUUGGUCUGUGACAGACAUCUAAAUCUUGUCCCAGUCAGAAGUGGUAACUUGUCUACAUGAUGCUUCUAAAGCAGCAAAAUGUCUUGUGGUGACCCAGAGCUGCAUUCUGUCCCCAGACACACAUAUGAGGGACUCUUGCUGGUUAAGGACUCCACUGGAGUUACCUGUGGAAUGAGUGGUCUGUCCUCUGUGAGAAUGACCAGAACCAAACUAAUCACUCGCUGGUAGGAGUCUGGACUAUUCAAAGCACUUAAUGUAUCAUAAUGUAUGUAUUCCUAAUCUAUGUUGCUUCAACUGUAUUUUAUAAAAUUGAUGUACUAAACUAUUUGAGAGUAACUACCUUGAUAACUUGGAGAAUCAAAAUGUAAUGUAUAUAGAUAAAAAUGCAAAUAAAGUGACUAAAAUAUAUUUGGGUCCAA